AUGUCCGACCAUCACCCCACUCCCACUCCCACUCCCGACCCUUCUCAACCCACCGCCACUCCUUUGAACAUUGACUCUUCUCUCCGUCCUCCCCCGACUGCAUCUAGCAAUGGUAGCGGUAAUGGUAGUGCUAGUGCCAGUACCGAAUCUCGUCCAUCCCCCGCAUUGUCAAAGACCCAUUCUCCCAUGUCUGCAGAGGAUCAGAAAAAGCUCAACUAUAUCGCAAACAUGCCAGAAGAGCAUAUUCAACGGCUGAGAAAGCGUUUGAACGAACUUCAAGCCUCUGGAAUGACAAAGGAGAAUUCGAGUGAAGUCAGCAAAAUGUCAACCAUUCUCGAUAUGUACGCCCGAGCCAAGUCCUUAGACUCCCAGCGCUCGUAUGUCUAUCAACGGAUGAACAGAGCUCAAGCUGAUGACAUAGCCUCCCCUGCCGCCCAACCUCCUCAGCCGACUGUCCACGUAUCUAUGACCCCGGCCCAAAUCAAUCAACUGCGCUCCCAAGCUGCAUCCUACCAACUUCUUUCUCGCGGACAGCAGCCCCCUACGAACUUGCAACAAGCGGCUCAAGGUGUACAUCCGCCAGGAGUCGGCACACAACCAUCCCCUUUGGGUGACUCCGUCACCAACAAGCUUGUCGAGAAGACAGUCGAAGCUGUCAUGAGUGAUCAUCUCCAACAGUCAUCUGGAAAAUUCAAAACACCCGAUGCCUCCGGGGAAACAAUGGAAGUGGAUGGUGAAGGUAGCGGUAGUAGCAGUGAAGGGGAGAAAAUCGUUACUCCUCCCUCUGAACCUCCUUACGCCAUGGAGUUCGAUCCAUCGUCCAUCAUCUACCCUUAUAACGCGUUUACACAUCCGGAUAUCUACGCGCAUCGCAAAUUCGACGAAGAAAUCACCAACCCACUGAGCAAGAUGCAGCGCCAAUUGGUACCGGCCAUCAUGCCUCGAGGUCUUGAUCCGUAUCUCCUGAUAGAAGAGCGAAAUCGGUAUGUCGAGACUCGUAUGUCGUGGCGGAUGACGGAGCUUGAGGAGAUGGCGUCAACUUUCGGUUUGGGUCAACAAGGAGCAAAGGAUAUUCCUGGCAUCGUUGAAAGCAAAAAGCCUGCAAAGAAUCUCGGGAUGCAAGCACGGAUCGAACUCUUGAGCCUACGGCUACUCGGAAAACAGCGUCUGCUACGUGAAGAUAUGGUACGAGCGAUGCACGGAGCUGUACAAGUUCCAGCGGAUCGAUCACAGUUCAGGCGCUUCAGGACACAUACUUUGAGGGAUGCCAGAGCGACAGAGCAGUCUGAGCGAAGACAGAGAACGGAGAGGGAACGCAGAGGCAAAGAGAGACAUCUGGAGUAUAUCAACUCUAUCUGUGAACAUGGUCAAGCGGUGAUCAGCGCUGGAUUUGGCACUUCACGAGGUCAAGGAGCUGACAAGAUGCGUCGUCUGGGUCAAGCGAUGAUCAAAAUGCACAAAGACACGGAAAGGGAAGAACAACGAAGAAUCGAGCGAUUGGCGAAAGAACGUCUCAAAGCACUCAAAAAUGACGAUGAAGAUGCUUAUCUGGCUUUGCUCGGCGAAGCAAAAGAUUCUCGUAUUGGACAUUUGCUCAAGCAAACGGAUCAGUAUCUUGAAACUCUUGCCGCCGCCGUGGUCGACCAGCAGAACGACGCUGUCCAUAGAGAUCAGGUGAUGAUGGAAUUGCCGUUUGAACAAGAAGAUGGACCAGCCUCAGAAGCGACCUUUGGCGCUCGACGACAGGAUGGCGAGGAAGAAGGGGCAGAGAGGAAAGCCGGCAAGGUUGAUUAUUACGCUGUGGCGCACAGAAUACAGGAGAAGGUCACGAAGCAAGCCAAUAUCCUGACAGGAGGCACUUUGAAAGACUAUCAGGUCAAGGGUUUGCAGUGGAUGAUCAGUUUGUAUAACAAUAGGCUGAACGGGAUCUUGGCAGACGAAAUGGGCUUGGGUAAAACCAUCCAGACAAUCUCGCUCAUCACCUAUCUGAUCGAAAGCAAACGACAACCAGGCCCUUUCAUCGUCAUCGUUCCUCUCUCCACUCUGACCAACUGGACUAUGGAGUUCGAUCGCUGGGCUCCCAGCGUCCGCACUGUCAUCCUGAAAGGAUCACCUUUGCAACGUCGAGAGCAAUAUGCCCGCCUUCGAUCUGGCGAUUUUCAGGUAUGUCUGACAACAUAUGAGUAUAUCAUCAAGGAACGUCCUCUGCUCUCCAAGAUCAAAUGGGUUCAUAUGAUCAUCGAUGAAGGUCAUCGAAUGAAGAAUGUUAAAUCCAAAUUGUCGCAGACGCUCAACGAACAUUAUUCCACUCGAUAUCGACUUAUUUUGACUGGUACACCCCUUCAAAACAACUUGCCUGAACUGUGGGCUCUGCUCAACUUCGUCCUGCCGAAGAUUUUCAAUUCCGUCAAAUCUUUCGACGAAUGGUUCAACGCCCCGUUUGCCAACACUGGAGGGGAGAAGAUGGAGAUGAACGAAGAAGAGGCGUUGUUGGUAGUAAAACGUUUGCAUAAGGUGUUGAGACCUUUCUUGCUCAGGAGACUGAAGAAAGAUGUGGAGUCGGAAUUGCCUGACAAGGUAGAGAAGAUCAUAUAUACCAAAAUGAGUGCUUUACAGUGGAAGUUGUACGAAAGUGUAAAGAAGUACAAGACACUACCGACUGAUAUGAGCGCGGGAAAACCUCGUCGUCAGGCCAAUUUGCAGAACGCCAUCAUGCAGCUGAGAAAAAUCUGUAAUCAUCCUUUUGUGUUCCGUGAAGUCGACGAAGACUUUACCGUGGGAACCAAUAUCGACGAACAGAUUGUACGAACUUCUGGAAAGUUUGAACUGCUUGAUCGUCUCCUUCCCAAACUAUUUCGAACCGGUCACAAGGUUCUCAUCUUCUUCCAAAUGACAGAAAUCAUGACUAUCAUCGCGGACUUUUUCGAUUAUCGAGGGUGGAAAUACUGUCGGUUGGAUGGUAGUACCAAAGCGGAUGAUCGACAACAGCUCUUGUCCACAUUCAACGAUCCAAGUUCUCCAUAUCAAGUCUUUAUCCUUUCCACUCGUGCUGGUGGUUUGGGUCUCAAUCUUCAAUCCGCUGACACUGUCAUCAUCUACGACACGGACUGGAAUCCAUUUGCGGAUUUACAAGCGCAGGAUCGUGCACAUCGUAUUGGACAAAAGAAAGAAGUCCGAGUAUUACGUUUGAUCUCAAGUGGGACUGUGGAAGAACUCGUCUUACAAAGAGCACAACAGAAACUGGAGAUCGAUGGUAAAGUCAUUCAAGCUGGUAAAUUCGACGACGUCACCACUGGUGCGGAAUACGAAGCAUUACUUGCCAAAGCUUUCGAAGCUAAUGCGGAUGACGAUAAUGAAGAGACGAACGAGUUGGAUGAUGAUGAGUUGAACGAGCUGUUGGCUCGGGGUGAUCAAGAAUUGGGCAUCUUCACUGAGAUGGAUAAAGAGAGAGAGAGAGAAAAACUUGAACAUUGGAGAGCCGAAGGAAAUAAAGGUCCAUUACCCCCUCCUCUAAUGCAAGAUUCUGAAUUGCCUCCAUUCUAUCGUCGUGAUAUUGGGGAUGAACUCGCCGCUCAAGUUGCGGCAGAGGAAGAAAGUGGAAGAGGCAGAAGAGCCAAGGCAGAAGUGAAAUAUACAGAUGGUUUAACGGACGAACAAUGGUUAAAUGCUGUGGAUGCGAGUGAUGAUGAUGUUGACGAAGCUGUUGGACGUAAACGCGCUCGAAUCGAAAAACGUGCUGAAAGAAAAAGGAUCAACGAAAUGUUAGCACAAGCUGAAUUAGAAGGAAAACCUCUCAACAGUUCUUCUAUCAAAUCUACUUCUCCUCCAGUAACUAAAACGGGGAUGAAGAAAAGAGGUAGACCAAGUCAUUCCGCAACCCCUUCAGUUGUUGAAGAUUUACCUCUUUCUUCUUCAAAACGACGAAGAAUAUCUACCGAAGAGAAGAAUGUAAUGCAGAAGAUAUAUAAAGAAACGAAUGCUCUCACUUCGGCAGAAAACGAACUUCUCAAUACGUAUUUCGUUGAACCUGUUAAUAAAAACGAUUUCCCAGAUUACUUUGCGAUUAUCAAAAAACCAAUCUGUAUGAAACAAAUCAAAAAGAAAAUCGAUAAAGAUAAUUCUUACGGUCUUGAACAAUUCAAAAUUGAUAUGCAUCAAUUAUGGGAUAACGCAAGGACGUAUAACCAAGAAGAAUCUUGGGUUUAUAAUUCCGCGGAAGAUAUGCAAGAGUUUUUCGAUAAGAUCUAUGAAGAAGAGAUCAAUAAAUUGAGGAAGAAUAUAGGAGAAGGAAUUGGUGGAAGUGGUGAAAGUAAUUCACAAAGUGGGACUAGUACACCUAUGUUUAAAGCUGAUUCGAGUAAGCUGGCUACUAAGAUUAGGUUGAAUAUUGGGAAAAAAUUAAAAGAGGAGAAAGAAAAGGAAAAGGAACAAGAACAGGAACAAACUUCAACACCUACUUUGACCGGAACGGGAGGAUCUAGUGAUGAGAGUGAUGAAGAUGAUUAUUAA